AUCACAGGGUCUGUAGUACAGCGCUCUGCCGCAUCAGCUUGGUGAAGAAAAACUCAGCCAGGAAUCAAUGUGAGCGUUACGAGCAACCAGGCGGUACAGUGAAACUGCUGCUGACAACGUUCAAGAGCCCUGGAGAUCAGUCAGCUGCAAUUGUCCUUAGCAGACCUCUCAUUGCUUCAGGAGUUGGUGAUUGAGUUAAUUGCAUGCUGUUAUAAGUGACGGAAACAUUAUCGCUACGAAGGUGAUGGGUGGGAAGCAGUCCCGCAGCCUGUCCAGCUCAGAGUUGAACGAGGUGAGUGUGGGCCAAAGGAGGAAGGGUACAGUUAGAGACGACCAACCCAGCCUGUCCUGGGCAGCGGAGAGGAUCCGAAAACAAACCAGCAUACACUUUGGUUUCAGUACUCUAAGUUUAGCCAUGCGGGGAUUGGAUGAAGCCCCCGCCGAGCUGUGGGAGCUCCAGGACCUUCAGAAGCUCAACUUGUCCAUGAACUGUCUGUGCUCCUUGCCUCCUGCUCUGGGUUCUCUGGACAAUCUGGUGAUUCUCAACUUGUUGGGAAACAACCUGUCCAGCCUGCCCCCUGAGAUCGGCCUGCUGAAGAAGCUCCGCGUGCUGUUUGCCUGUCGCAACCGCCUGAGCGAGGUCCCUGAGGAGCUGGGCUCCUGCACACGCCUGGAGGUGCUGAGCUUGGCCAACAACCAGAUCUCCAGCCUCCCCAGCAGCUUGGCUGCCAUGCAUCAUCUGACCAAACUCAACCUCAGUCACAACCGCAUUGUUCACAUCCCCACCUGCGUCUACAGCAUGAAAGGACUGGUUUUCCUGCACUUGGCCUGCAACCGCUUGGAGACCAUAGCGGAUCAGAUCCAGGACCUGGUUAACCUGAAGAUCCUGAUCGUGGAGGGAAACAGCAUACACACUCUUCCAAAGACUUUGUGUUUCUUGGAUUCAUUAGAGCUUCUGAAUGUGGACUUUAACGAGCUGCAAAAUGUGCCUGAUGAGAUGUACCAGCUGAGCAGACUCAGGCGGCUGGCCUGCCACCCACUCGAUAAAGGACUUCAUAUAAUUCACAACCCGCUUCUCAAGCCUAUCCAUGAGGUGCUGCAAGGUGGACUCAGUGCCCUGUAUAACUACCUCAAGCCCACUUAAACAAGCACCACUGUUUGUGUGUGUGUGUGUGUGUGUGUGUGUGUGUGUAUGUGUGUGCUGUUUGAUGAUUCCUUGCACCCUGAUGGCCAUGCACCAUUUGACCAAACUCAGUCUGAUGUUUCUACAGCAAUGGUCUCAAACUCCAUGUGUCCUACAACUUUUAGAUGUGUCUCUGCUUCAGCACUCCUGGCUCCAAUGUUAGCUCAUUAGCACAGCUCUGUGGAGGCUAGUGAAGCAGUUUAGUCAUGUUAUUUCAGUGUGUAGGACAUCUAUGCAGGACUCUGGCCCUCAAGGAUUGCCGUUUGAGGUCACUGGUCUACAGCAUGCUAGGCCUGGUCUUCUUUCACUUGGGAGCAGUGGCUUGCAAUCAUUUGCAAGCCAUUGCUAACCAGAUUCAGGGCCUGGUUAAUCUGAACAUUCUGAUCAUAGAGAGGAAUAUUACAUGCACACAUAAAGAUUCUGUGUUUCUUGGAGCUUUCAGGGCUCCGUAAUGCAGCAACUGAGCAGACUCAAUGAGUUGGCUUGCUUUCUAAUGGAUAUAUGAUGCUACAGUUGGUGUCUGAGCUGGAGCUUCAAGGUUGAUCCUAACUGUGUCACAGUUUUGUUUUGUUUUUUUUUUAAAAUUAGGGCUGGAUUUAAUAAUUCCACAUCCUUCUGAAUAUAAAAUAGUUUUUGUGAAGCACAAGACUAAUAUUGAACACAUCAUAUUUUUGAUAAAUUGCAUGUGAGGAAAGGAUUUGGUGUGGCGGUACAAAAACAUGGACUGUGUUCAUGAAGGAGUUUACCACUGUAAUAUAACUGUAAGAUAAGGCAAUGCAAGGUUAAAAAAGUGCUCUCUACAGUUACCUUAGCCCCAAAUGAGGAACUAUUGCCAAGUGCUUGCAAAUUUGUGUAUUCAAAGCAUGAUUAUUAUGCUAUAAGCCUAAUAUUGUUUAAAAUUGUCCACUUUAUCUCUAUGACUCUGUAAAAAUAUACUGAAUUUUGCCUGAAUAGCAGUAUAGUUCUUCAAAUUUGCAUAUCCAGUUUUGUUAUUCAAUGGGGUCGAGAGAAGCUGUUCAGCUGGCGUUAAAAAUUCACAAGUCUGCAUUUGUGCGCUGAUUGCUCAUCGGCUGAUCCUGGUGUGGCAGUGUGAGUCUGACAGGGGUAAGUUUAACUACAGAGCAACUCUCCUCAUUGUAUUCAGGUCAGAGGGAUCAGGUGUGUAAAGUCAGUGGAAAGAACAGCAGAGCAGGGCAGGGGUGUUGAAGAUUCCUCAACAGAUUAAAAAGAAACACACACACACACACACACACACACAACAUGGAAACGAUUAAAUAUUGUUCCAUUCAUCAGAUCAAAGCAUCAAAGGAUGAUCCGUGUUGCACCACCAAGUAGCUGACAAUAAAGAUAGGAAUAAAAUGUUUUCCAAACGCAGUAAAGGUAGAUUAAGGUUCACAAAAGUUUAAUUAAGCUAAAUUAAUACGCUUUUGAUGUUUGUUUGAAUUAAAUUGCCAGUUUGGAGAGGAAAUAUCAACACAGGAGUUGAGUUAAACAUUUGAAAAUUACGUUCAGCUCUGAAUGUAAACUUCAUGGUCAUUUCUGUUAAGCAUUAAGCUACAUUAAUUAUGUUAUAAGUAGGUUAUGUGUUUGUUAAAGAGGACAUCUAAUGCAAAAUUCUCUAAAACUGAAUGUCCACUGCAUUGUUUCUUCUAAGGUUUAGGAAAAGCUACUUUUUUUUCUUCUAAAACUACUCAAUUUCUAUGCAACUAAAAUACAUUUUUACAUAUUCAGGCUUUGCUACAGGUCAAAUCAAAUUGCCCAUUCUGAAAAAGCCCAACCAAAACCAGCAGGUGCAGUGUUCACAUUCCAAAAUGCGUGACUUGUUUUAUGCUGCGUUGUACGUCUAAUCUCUGAAAACAUGAAGGAUUUUACUCCUGUGAAAGCAAUCUGUUCUUAAAAAAUGUUUAGAAAAUUAAACAUUUCUAAAUUUGUUGAGGAAAAACAUGCUUUGACAUAAUGUAAAGCUUAUUACGAGUUGAAGAAAUAGUUUUUAGUUGUUUUUUUUUUUUUUGCUUUGAGUUAUCUCAGUCUAAAGACAAAAUUAGUUGUAACUGCUCAGUGGUGAUAUGAAAAUAUAUGCAUUUCAACCCCCAAAAUCCCUUUUUCUCAUUUAACUGUGUGUUUGCAAAAAAUUGGAAAGGUUUUAGAUUAUAAAAUUAUCUUUUGAAGAAUUUCAAUUUAGUGUCAAAUUAUAGUGGUUAAGCCCCACGAUGACAGAAAUCCACUUUGGAAGUGGUUCCUCUCUGGCUUAGCAUUAGUUUGAAAGUUUAGAGAGGACUACUUUCUCACUUCAAACUUAAUGUCUGGGGUUCAAACUUGUCAAUUCAACUUCAAAAUCUUGAGUAACAGAGUUAUGUUCACGUGCCUCUAUUAUGAUACGUCUAUGUGUGAUAUUAAAUUAGUCAUUUUAAGUGGAAAUAAAUGGGAUUUUUAAAUUAAAUUUUCCAAAAACAUUACAAAAAGUAUGUUCUUUCUUUGAUAUUGUUUAUAUGUAUUACUUGAAUUUCUCAGUGUUCAUCUGAAACAUCCAGAAAUGUUAGAUAAGCCAACAUCGCUCACAGGUUGCCAUAUUUGUUGACACAUGUUAACCUAAAUGACUUUAAAUACUAAAUUCUGCCUUAUUAUUCUAAAAUGAAAUACAGUAAAGUCAGUCAGUGAAGUGAUUAAAGAUUUUUGGAUUUAACGGAAAUCAACAAAAUCCUGAUAAUCAGCAACCUGAUGCUGUACUUUUCUACGCAUUUUCAGAAUAUGGAUUGCAUAUUGUAGUAAUCUGGUUGAACUGUGUGUUUUCAGCAUUAAAAAUUGCACAAAU